AUGGCAGUCAGAAGCAUCUUCCUGAUCAUCCUCACUUUAUGUUGCUCUUUUUUCAGCAAUGCUUGCUACUCAGAAACAGAUACCUUACUGCAAGGUGAAGAGCUGAAGAACUGGGACUAUUUGAUUUCGUCAAAUAAGGUCUUUACUUUGAAGUUCUUUGGGUUUGGAAGUACCAUAAGCCCUUAUUUAGGAAUAUUCUACAGCGCCCAUGGUUCUGGAAACAGGAAAAUACCUAGAUUAAAGGUAUACGACCACCGCUUAGGAAUGAUUUAUUAUGUUAAAGAUGGGUCCGGAUAUUUGCAGAGAGAAGAUAAGGCAGUUUGGGUAGCAAACAGAAACAAUCCGAGCAAAGAUGUAUACGGAAAGCUCACGAUAGAUAUCCACGGAAAGCUGAGCAUUUUAUCAGGUGGAGGCACUGUGGUUGAUCUCUCCAGUCCUACUCCAGUAGUAACACGCAACGCAAGUUGUACCCUGUUGGAUAAUGGAAAUUUCAUACUGCAAGAACUAUAUCCAGAUGGGUCUGUUAAACGGGUUUUAUGGCAAAGCUUUGAUUACCCAACAGACUGUUGGGAAUGCAACAAAACAAGUUAA